UGUGUAGGUCAUGGGGAAUUCAUACGCUGGCCAGUUGAGGACCACGCGCUUUGAGGAGGUCCUGCACAACUCCAUCGAGGCGUCUCUCCGUUCCAGCACAGUGGUUCCCAGGCCUGUGUUCUCUCAGCUCUAUCUGGAGACAGAGUCUCACUCGCUCUCUCAGGAUGGACGAAUGGAGAAUGAGGAAGAUGAUGAUGAAGAUGACUCAGAGUCCAACAGUCCCCCGAUCCCGUACCAGAUGAAGCCGCCACCUGAGGGUUGCUGUACCACCGACGGGUUCUGCCAGGCAGGAAAAGACCUGCGUCUGGGUUCUAUGGCAGCGGACUCUCUGGAAGUCCCCCCUGGGUUUCUCCUGGUGGGGGCCAAAUCUCCCAGUGUGCCUGAUCACAUAUUAGUGUGUGCUGUCGAUCGCCGCUUCCUGCCCGAUGAGCGUGGGCGCAAUGCACUUUUAGGGUUUUCGGGCGACUGCAUGGGCUGUGGAGAGAAGGGCUUUCGUUACUUCACUGAGUUCUCCAACCACAUCAACCUGAAACUCACCACGCAGCCCAAGAAACAGAAGCACUUAAAAUACCACCUCCUGAGAAACAGCCAGGGUCAACUCAUCAGGGGCCCACCCAUACGCUGGAAAGGCAUAGAUACCCGUGUGAGACAGUCUAUCCCAAACACAUCAGUGGGGGCCACGCCCACAGAGGAACAGAGCACUGGUUCUGGAUCAGCUGACUUACUGACCAGUACAAGUUAUACCACCCUAACCACACCCACCUACACAGAUCUGAGUUCCCAUCUCCACACGGCAGAAGCCGCCCCCACUAUGACCAAUGGGAAUCAUGCACCGGUAUCCCAGCAUCCUUUGCCCCAGCCCGGCGUGGUGGCUCAGGGUCCCGGCAGGUCAUCUGUAACAGGCUCCAUGGCAAACACUGGCCCUCCAAAGAAGAGACACAAAGGCUGGUCUCCAGAGUCAUCAGCUCAGCCUGAAGCCCCACCCAAACCCAGCUACCCCAGUGCCCCUAAUGGAGCCAAACCAGCAGAGUCUGGAGCUGUGGGGUGUGUCUCCCAGGGAUCCUCUCCUCCUGUUCCCGUGGGGGAGUUUGUCACAGUGCCCGAUCGACUACUUCACACCUGCCGACUGCAGCCAGUGAUCUUCACAGGUCACGGGGCUCUCCCGCGGCUCUGUGGGAGCGUAGGGGAGGUGUUAGUGAACACGGAGCUGCAAGCGUGUUACCGCAGCACACAGUCCCUCCCCCGCGUCUAUGAGCAGUACGGCGCCUCCCCUGUCCAGCCCCUCUCCACACAAAUGCAGAUUCUCCUCACCGUUUACUACCUGGUCCAGCUGGCUCCUGAUCAGGUUUUGCUGAUAGAGGACCUGGAGCAGAUCUUCAUGCGUUCCUGGCGUGAAUCCCACCUCACGGAAGUGAGGCAGUACCAGCAGACCCACCCUCCCCUCCCAGCCCAGCUCCCGGGCCUGGCCCACCCCCUGACCCCCACGCAGCUGCCCUGGUUGACCAAGCUGGCCACCAGCUCCUGCAGGGAGACCGUUCUGGUCCUGGACACUGCCUCCUCAUUGGCUGAAGCUCUGGAUGACGUCUUUCAGAGGCUGAUGGAGGGAAAACUGGCCCAGACCAACUACGUGGUGGUGAUCGUCACGGCCAGAAGCCCAGAGAUCGAGUCCUGCGUCGUGGUGACAGGUAAACGCCAGGCCCGAGCAUUGGCGGAGAGUAUGUAUUCAGCCAGUGAUGCUCUGAGAGAAAUCAGUUACCAGCUCUCCUCUGGUCUGGCUGCUGAGUUCACCACUUACUGCAGCUCCCUAGGGCCAGAUGGAGAUAUGGAGAGUUUGCUGGAGAAGGCGGCAGAGAAUCCUUCGUCUCUGUGCAGAAGUCUGGAGCCGUCUGCGGGGAGUGGAGACAGUCCAAAGACUGCCUGUACAGAGUAUCAUGUGGAGUGGCGUGAGAUCAGGCCCAUCCAGCUGGCGGUGGCUCGCAAGCUUCUCUCCCAUGUCUGUGCCAUCGCUGACUCCAGCACACAGAACUUGGACCUGGGCUCCUUCGACAAGGUGGAGUUCCUCAUCUGUGUCCCGCCUUCAGAGGUCACCUUCCAGCAGGUCGUCAUGCACCUGUGGAACUCAGGUGUACUGCAGGAACUGGGGCUGGACCAGGACUGCGUGUCGAUGAAAGAAGCAGAGCGGUAUGUGGUGAAACUGGACCAGGAGGCCAUCGGGAAGAUUGACAGCCUGAUCCAGAGGUCUAAGAUGAACCCUUACACCCUCUUCAUCCUGGUCCAUGACCACGCCCACUGGGACGUCAGCAGUGGGCAGUACGGGUUGAAUGAUUCUGGAAAGGGAUUGGUGGACAAGCUCCUGAACUGCCGUCAGAUUUGGGACGCUCCCAACAUCCUGACUCUCCACGUCACCUCCUUUCCCUUCUCCCUGCAGACCCAGUGCACACGCAUCAGCCCUUACAACGAGAUCCACUGGCCCUCAGGCUUCAAUAACGAUAUGGAUCUGUAUCAUGAGAAAACGAAGUAUUUCGGUGUGUCUGAGUUACUGGAGACCACGCGUUCAGGGAGAGGAAUUCCCCUGCUCCGCUACGACAGCUCAUUUGAAAGCAUGGCCGCCGCUCUGGAGGAGAGGUUUCCCAGACUUCACAGCACCGUGAUCCGGACCCACGUUCUGGUCCAGCAGUACUCCGUGGCUCUGAUGGCGGCGUCGGGCCAGGCCGAGCUACAGAAACACACAUCGGUGGAGACGAUGGAGAUGGUGCAGUGCCUACUGAACUCCGCCCAGCGAUGCCAAAGCCAGCACGGGCACAUGGUCCUGCUCCGCAUACCCUCCCCUGCCCUGGCAGCAAUGGCCCACCAGCGUCUCUGCCACGUCCGACAAAAACUGGGCCUCCAAGACCAGUUUGAGAUUAUACUGGGCCAUCCUGGCUCUGCUCUCUCACUGAGCAAACACUUUCUGGACCAACUGAAGGUUUGGCUGAAAGUGCAAGAGCCCGACUGGACUCCACGCACCUAUCUGGAGCUGGAGGCUCUCCCCUGCAUCCUCAUCCUCACUGGUGCCGAUCCACUGGGAGAGUCCCUGCCCAGGUCUCUGAAGUACUGUGAUCUGCGGGUGGUAAACUCCUGGUGUCUCCAGAGGACGGCGCUGGAGCAGGAGCUGGGUCUGGCCGCCUACCUGCUGAAGGCAGAACACACCGGGCAGCGUGGCACCAGCGCCUCCAGCGACCUGUCCGAGAGCGACCCCGAAAAACUCAGCGGCACCGAUAACGAGGAGGAGGAGGUGGCGGAGGGUCAGUAUCAGGCAUCUCCGAGAGCUGGUGCUUCUAGGUCAAAGCAGGCACAGGGACUUCCCCAGCCUGAGCAGAGAGACCAAGACAAACCGCCCCACUCGGGCCCCUCCGACCCCUCCCCCUGUCCGAGACGCCCCUCCAAAUCCACCUCCUCGGCGUCCUCCUCCGCCUCCGGCCCCCGCCAGCGCUGCUCCUGGGCCCGGGGUCUCGGACGCCCCCCCGUGGUGCUGCUGCCCAAGGCCGUUUACGACGUCAUCACCGCCCUUGACCCCAGCGGCCUGCCCAAGUCCACCUCGUUCCUGCCUCACGUCUCCGUGGAGUGGGCCAGCUCCUUCAGACCUCUGCUCAGUAAGAUGAUGACGUGCACGGAGCAGUCUCUGUACUACAGACAGUGGACCGUCCCCAAACCCAGUCACAUGGACAGCAGUAACCGCGCACAGGGACGCAACGAUAACUUCCACCCUCGCCGCCUACUGCUCAGCGGGCCUCCACAGGUGGGGAAGACUGGGGUGUAUCUGCAGUUUCUGGGUUUUCUGUCCCGCAUGCUGAUCCGACUGAUGGAGGUAGACAUCUAUGACGAAGAGGAUGUUAACCAAAAUCCUCAGAUGGAACUGGCCCAGUACCAUCAGCCUAUCGCGUCCUGGCCGAACGCGGACACCGUCCGGGGAAUGCCUUUCGAUUACGUCGUCCACGACCCCAAGUACGAGGACAUCAGCACCGUGUACUCCCCUCACUUCAGUCCAAACGAGGAGGGGAGGCCGAGACGGCAGGAGGACGUGUAUCUGCGCAGGCGGACAGCUCGGAUAAAACUGUCCAAAUACGCCGCUUACAACACCUACCACCACUGUGAACAGUGUCACCACUAUAUGGGCUUUAACCCACCAUACCAGUUGUACGAGUCGACGCUUCACGCAUUCACCUUCUCUCACCUGCUGCUCGGCGAGGAGAUCCAACUCUAUUUCAUUAUCCCCAAGUCCAAAGAGCAUCACUUCUCUUUCAGCCAAUCAGGAGGCCAGCUGGAGAGCAUGAGGCUGCCCCUCACCUCUGAUUGGAAUCCUGACUGUAUUAAAAGCCCCAUUUUCACUCCGACCACCGGACGUCACGAACACGGUCUGUUCAACCUGUACCACGCCAUGGACGGCGCCUCUCACCUGCACAUCCUGGUGGUGAAAGAGUACGAGAUGGCCGUCUACAAAAAAUACUGGCCCAACCACAUCAUGCUUGUGCUGCCCACCAUCUUCAACGGGGCUGGGAUAGGGGCAGCUCAUUUUCUGAUUAAGGAGUUGUCGUAUCAUAACCUGGAGUUGGAGAGGAGUCGACGCGUGGAGCACGGGAGUCGCCCGCAGGACGUCUGGCCGUUCAUCAUCCUCGCCGACGACUCCUGCGUCAUGUGGAACAGUGUGGAGGUCGAUCCCAAGAGCGGAGCUGCAGGAGCAGAGAGGAACGUGUCUCUGAAGCAGGUUCUGCAGCACAUGGAGUCCAGUCCGGACCUGACUCAGUACGGGCUGUGCGGGCUGAGGAAGUGGUCGAGUCGGGGAGUCGGGCCGGGCUGGCGCCGGGAGCCGUUUACGCGUGGACACCUCCACGACUUCCUGCUGCUCAAUGUGGACCUGACCCAGGAUGUUCAGUACAACCAGAACAGAUUCACGUGUGACGAUGUGGACUUUAAUCUGCGGGCUCACACUUCUGGGCUUCUCCUGUGUCGCUUCAACAACUUCAGCGUAAUGAAGAAGCAGAUCGCCAUUGGAGGAUAUCGUACCUUCAUCGUCAAGACCAAGACAACAGACGUGGCCACUGCAGUGCAGCCAGCUCAGUACGUCUGUGCCCCAGACAGCAAACACACCUUUCUGGCCACACCGGCACAGUUCCUCCUAGAGAAGUACCUCCAGCACACCAGCCAUCGGCUUUUUCCCCUCAGCGCGAGGAACUACAGCCACCCCGUGCUCUCUGUCGACUGUUACCUCAACCUUGGGCCAGAGGUGACAGUGUGUUUCAUCAGUUCCAGACCUCACUCUGUGAACAUCAGUACCACGGGCCUGCUCUUCAGUGGUCUGCUGCUGUACUUCUGUGACUCUUUUGUCACCCCGGGUUUCCUGAAGAAGUUCCAGUUCCUCAAAGGUGCCACACUGUGUGUAAUCUGUCCAAAUCGGAGUUCCCUGCGUCAGACGGUUGUUCGUCUGGAGCUGGAGGAUGAGUGGAGGUUCCGUCUGAGUGACGAGUUUCAGACGGCCAACGCCAAGGAAGACCAGCCUCUCUUCUUCCUCACCGGAAAACACAUAUAAUACCUUUAUAAAACGUUUUUUAUCACGAGCGUUACCAAGAUUACCUUCUCACAAUGCUCUUCUAACACACCUGUAACACUCACAUAACAGACGUACAACACAUGGGCUGCGCAUUUCAGAGAAGCAACACAAAGAUGAUUGAUUUGUCAUGUUCCUCACUGGCAAACACAUUUAACACAAACAAACACUCAUAUAAUCCCCAGACUGCCUUUGCUUCAUCACUAUACCUUAACCUGCUGAUUUUGUACAUAUACAAGACUUGAACUCUCUCUGUAUAUAAUGAAUUGGAUUUGCUGUAAUUUCACUAUGUCUUAUUCCCUUG